CCCUCCCCCAUCACUUCUUCAACACACCAUUCUCAUUCCAUCUUUCAUUUCUAUCCCUUUCUUCCUACCUAAGCCUCUUUUUCCUUCCCAAUCCUUAAAAAAAACAUAACACUAUUUUAGUAUUUUUCACCUUACUUUGAAGUUUGAAACAUCCUAGUUAAGAUUAAGACACAAACAUUAAUCAUGGCUGCAACUGUGUGUCACCCUGGAUUACAGUUACAUCUUGAACCUCAACUUGUUGAGUCAAGAACAUUAAGAUUAAGGUUACCUUCUCCAAAACAAUCCAUUGAUUUAGCCUUCAAAUCUUGUUUCCAUGAUUCAAACAUUAAAACUCAACAACAUCAUGAAGAAAACAUCAACAUCAACAUCAACAAAACAGAAACUUUUCAAAGCAAGCCCGACAAUGGUGGUUGGAACUUCGUUGAUGCUCUUUCCAAUAUCUCACAAAACACAACCACUGCCGCUUAUGUUCAUCCUCAGCAGAAACGUUCCUCUUUGGUUCUGAGUCCAAAGAGUCUUGAAUUGUGCACAGAGAAUCUCGGCAAUGAGAGUGGUACUGACAUUGUGGAAAACGACAUGUUAUUGUCUUUAAUGGGAAAAACGGAGGAAAGAGAACCUUGCCGUCAAGUUGUAGGUGGUUCUAAGAAAGCGAAGAUUCAGAAUUUUCCACCACCUUUGACGACGAUAAGAGGAUCGGAAUCUCUUCGUGUUAGACCUCACCGUGAAGAUGGAAGAUUAGUGAUUGAAUUCACUAAAGUCCCACCGAGAACAUCUUGUUUUGAAGCUGAUAGAAGCCAUGGCCGUCUUCGCCUUUGUUUUUCGACAAAUCAAGAACAAGAACAAGAAGAAGAUGACGAUGAUGGUGUGAUAGAUGAAAAUGAAGAAGCACUCAAUGAAGAAGAAUUGUCUGAAAAUGAAAUGAUUGGAGAAGAAAUAAAAGAUGUUGAAGAAGAAGAAGAAGAAGAUACAGAGGAGGAUGUGGUGGAAAGUGGAAUUGUUGUUGCAUGUGAAGAGAGUGAAGAUAAAGAUAGUGAUGUAAGAAUGAAAAAGUUAGAGAGUUUUGGAAAAUGCAAAGGUGGUGGUGGUGAGAGUGAAAACAAUGAGACCAUUUGGAUGGCUGCUACUGCAUAAAAUUAUGAUAUUUUAGUAUCUAUUUAACUAUGUAUUGAUAAACAAAUAAAUAAAUAAAAACAAUUUAUGUAUA